AGCAUCCGUGACCGACGCGCGACAGUUGCCAGCGCACGUUGCUAACGUGCACGGUGCACCUGAUUGAUUUGUUCUCUUCUUCUUCUCCGAACUCUGCACAUUCAUUACCUCUCCACUUAUCUAAUCUCGAUUCCUCAACUCACCAUCCGCGUUCAUUUUCCCUCCCAACUCACUCGUCCCCUUUUCACUUUCAUUCAUUCAUGACUCUCUCCUUUUCUAUCGGAACCACCAUCCAAUGAGACGGCGCCCCGUGGCGGGUGUUCUCCCCGACCAAAUGGAGAAAGCAAACACCAAAAACCCUAAUUCCAGACUUUGCUUUCUCGCUUCCCUCUCCGUAUUCUUCUGGUUCCUCCUCCUCUACUUCCACUUCGCCGUCCUCCGCCACCAACCCACCAACCCUAACCCCGUAGUCCCCAUCACUCUCCAACCUCAACAACCUCGUAAAAACCUCGGCUUCCCCGAGAAAAUUUCCCAACCGGAGAAACCCACUUUCCCCUUCGACCGUGCCCUCCGAACCGCCGACAACAAGAGCGACCCAUGCGGGGGGCGCUACAUCUACGUCCACGACCUCCCCUCGCGCUUCAACGAGGACAUGUUAAAGCAUUGCAGAAGCUUAUCUCUUUGGACCAACAUGUGCAAGUUCACCACCAAUGCCGGCCUCGGUCCGCCGUUGGAGAACGUUAACGGUGUGUUCUCCGACACCGGCUGGUAUGCCACCAACCAGUUCACCGUCGACGUCAUCUUCAGCAACAGGAUGAAGCAGUACCAAUGCCUCACUCGAGAUCCUUCCGUCGCCGCCGCAUUCUUCGUCCCCUUCUACGCCGGCUUUGACAUCGCCCGCUAUCUAUGGGGUUACAACAUCUCAAUGCGCGAUGCUGCAUCGCUUGACCUCGUGAAUUGGCUCAUGAAUAGACCGGAGUGGAAGAUCAUGAAUGGGAGAGACCAUUUUCUUGUCGCCGGUAGGAUCACAUGGGAUUUUCGAAGACUCACUGAAGAAGAAUCGGAUUGGGGGAACAAGCUUUUGUUUUUGCCCGCUGCGAAGAACAUGUCGAUGCUUGUGGUGGAGUCAAGUCCUUGGAAUGCCAAUGAUUUCGGGAUUCCGUAUCCGACUUAUUUUCAUCCUGCCAAGGAUGAUGAUGUGUUCACCUGGCAGGAGAGGAUGAGGAGGCUGGAGAGGAAGUGGUUGUUUUCGUUUGCCGGAGCUCCGCGGCCGGAUAACCCGAAAUCGAUAAGGGGCCAGAUUAUUGAGCAGUGUAGGAGAUCCAAAGUUGGGAAGCUGUUGGAGUGUGAUUUUGGGGAGAGUAAGUGUCAUUCCCCUAGUAGUAUAAUGCAGAUGUUUCAAGGGUCGCUUUUCUGUCUUCAGCCUCAAGGGGAUUCGUAUACCAGAAGAUCUGCUUUUGAUUCAAUGCUGGCUGGGUGUAUACCAGUGUUCUUCCAUCCGGGUUCGGCGUACACCCAGUAUACAUGGCAUCUUCCUAAGAAUUAUACCAAGUACUCGGUGUUCAUUCCGGAGGAUGAUCUUAGGAAGAGGAAUGUUAGUAUAGAAGAGAGGCUUAGUCAGAUUCCUGAGGAGGAAGUUAGGAUCAUGAGGGAGGAGGUCAUUGGUUUGAUCCCUAGAUUGGUGUACGCAGAUCCUCGAUCCAAACUUGAGACUCUUGAGGAUGCAUUUGAUGUUUCGGUGCAGGCUGUGAUUGACAAGGUUACCAACUUGAGGAAGGACAUUAUGGAAGGUCGCACGGACGAGAACUUCAUUGAGGAGAACAGUUGGAAGUACGCGUUGUUGGAUGAGGGACAGCGCGAGGUUGGACCUCAUGAAUGGGAUCCUUUCUUCUCCAAACCAAAGCCGGGUGGGGAUUCCGAUGAUUUGUCAGCUGAGGCUGCGAAGAAUUCUUGGAAAAAUGAACAAAGAAAUCAGUCGUGAUUAGCAAAGGGGAGGAAAUAUAAACAAAAUUAUGGUUAGCAAUGAACUCAAGUGUUCACUUGAAUGGCAAUAUCAUUUUGCAGCUGCAUCAUCAGAGCUGCCUACCUGUGUUGGUGAUCUUAUUUGGAAAGUGGUUAACAUUCAAAAGAUAGAUUGUUCUAUUUUGAUGAUCUUGAAAACAAAUUUCUUUCACUUGCUCUAUAUUCCCUUUUUUUGUGUAUUUUUUGAUAGCUAAAUCAUGCACACAUAUUGGCUGGUAUUAAUGUACUGUUACAGGCUUUAAUAUGUCGAAUUGAUUGCUUUGAUCAGCCAGUUUUAACAUGCAAUUUACAAAAACUACUGGCUGUUUCUUCGUUAACCGUUGCUUGUUUGUAUCAUUCAUGUUUCUGGUGUUUUCUUCUUUUACUAAAAAAUUAUGAAAAAAAUAAAAAUUGGGGGCACAAUGAAAUGUACCCUUUUAUUCA